AAGUCACAAAACAACACACAUCAUAUAUACAGCCUGCCCGUCGAUCUCUUCGACCUCACUACAUCGGCUUCAUCCACUGCUGAUAUCUUUCAAAGCAAUUUCGUUGGUAAUGGGGCGCCACAGAAGCAGCAGCAGCGGCAAAGCCGAGACGGCCGCUGGCAGCGAUCACCGUAAGGAGGAGAAGCACCACAAGCACAUGGAGCAGCUCGCCCAGCUCGGCGCCGUCGCAGCCGGAGCAUACGCUCUGCACGAGAAGCACAAAGCCAAGAAGGACCCCGAGAAUGCCCGGUCGCACAGGAUCAAGGAAGAGAUCGCAGCCACGGUCGCUGUUGGCAGCGCCGGCUUCGCCUUCCACGAGCACCACAAGAAGAAAGUCGCCAAGAAUCACGGCCACCACCACUGAGAUAGGCACUGAUCGAUCAUAUGCUAUGUAUAACGUCUAACGUCAGUUCUCCUGUAUAUUUUUUGUUAUCUUGUUCCACGGUGUGUUGUGUUGUUCUUAAUUACGUAUAACGUCAGUUCUCUUGUA